CUGAACAGAUGCUCCGUACAGAGCAGCCUGAUUUGGUUCACCUCGUCGCAAUGCCCGACCAGUGGCGUGAACUGAUGCCGAUGGUAUCAGAAUUGGGUGUUCCGGCGUGCAUCGUUGAAAAACCUAUUGCCUGUGGUGUCGAAGACUGGCGUUUUCUAUGCGAGUUGGAGGCGCAGACCUCUACAAAAUUCGGAGUUGGCAAACAGUACCGGUGGCAUCCCGACUUCACCAAUUGCCGACAGGCAGUGGAGAGCGGUGAAUUAGGAAAGAUUCGCCUUUUAGAUUUUUCGUGUGGUAUGAACCUCACCGCCCAAGGCACACAUAUCAUUGAUUGGGCGAUGUCCCUAAACAACGAUUCGCCUAUUGUCAGGGUCUUCGGCACUGCAAGCGGUGCUGAGUCGCUUGAUAAUGGCUAUCCUGCUCCGGAUACAACGUCGUGUCAGGUCUUGUUUGAAAACGGGGUCUACGGAUUCUGGAACACCGGUUUUACCUCUCCACGCGUCAUGGACGACGAUGCCAUCUACAAGCACUGUCGCGUUGCUGCCUAUGGCGAAAACGGGCACGUCCUCUUUGAAGAAUUCAGCAGAUGGGAAAUCGCUACCAUCGGGGUAACUGAGAACGGCGUGCAAACCCCCGAUUCUUGGCGCGCAAAAAACGACCUCGCGCAAGCCAACCUGACGCAGGCGAUGUUCGAUUGGAUUGAAGACGAUACCCGUCCCGUCGAAACAAAUCUAAAACUUGCAUUGCACCAGUUCAAUGCGGUUUUGGGCAUUUAUGCGAGUGCUAUUUCUUACAAGCCGAUUGACCUCCCUUUUGACCCUCCCGCGGACCUGGAUUCACAACUUCUCGAAGUUUUGGCGCGUUAA